AUAGGAGUUAGAUCCUGGUGAACGGGGGAGGAAAAGUCCCGCUCCCUCCUCUCCACCUUUUUUUUUUUUUUGGCAACCACUGCAGCUGGCUCAGCCCAUCUGGAGGAACUUUUAUCCCCUCUGCCCUCCCUAUUCCUGGGUUUCCCCCUCCGGUCUGCCUGGCGGGACCUGUACCCCGAGGUCAUGGCUGCUGCGAAUCCAGCAAAAAGUCUCCAGGAUGAACUGACCUGUUCCAUCUGUUUGGACUAUUUUAAAGAUCCAGUGUCUCUAGACUGUGAUCACAAUUUCUGCCGAGCCUGCAUCACCCAGUGCUGGGAGGGAUUCGCUACUGAGAUCUCCUGCCCUCAGUGCAGAGAGAUCUUUCCCCAGAGAAACCUCAGACUGAACAGGCAGCUCAGGAAUGUUGUGGAAGCAGCCAGAGAACUCAGGUUGUCCUCAGGGAGGGAACCAGAACCAGAGAGACAGUGUGAGAAACAUAAGGAGCCUCUAAAACUGUUCUGCAAAGAGGACGAAAUCCCCAUCUGCCUGGUAUGUGAGAGAUCAAAGGAGCACAGAGAUCACACAGUCAUUCCUGCAGAGGAAGCUGCCAAAGAAUUCAAGGAAAAGAUUCAGGCUCAUUUGAAGACGCUGAAGGAAGAGGGAGAAAAGCUGCUGGGAUUGAAAGUGAGCAGAGAGAAGAGAAGCCAGGAACAUCUGAGAAAUAUACAAACCGAGAGGCAGAAGAUUGUGUCUGUAUUUCAGCGACUGUGGCAGUUCCUGAAGGAACAAGAGCGACUCCUGCUGGCCCAGCUGGAGAAGCUGGACAAGGAGAUAGUGAAGAUACAGAAUGAAAAUGUCAGUAAACUAUCCCAGGAGAUUUCCCGUCUCAAUAACACGAUCAGCGAGAUGGAGGGGAAGUGUCAGAAGCCAGUGACAGAAUUGUUGCAGGAUGUCAGAAGCACCUUCAGCAGGUGUGAGAAGGGGAAGUUCCAGCAGCCAGAGGAGAUUUCUCCUAAAUUAGAAUUAAGACUCAGUGAUUUCUCCUAGAAAACUGUUGCUCUAAUGGAGACUCUCAGGAAGUUCAAAGACACUCUGCCGUCUGCAUUGGAGACAAAAAGAGGAGGAUUCCUAGGAACAUUCAGACAGGUGAAUGUGACUCUGGAUCCAGACACGGCUCAUCCCGAACUCGUCCUGUCUGAGGAUCGGAAAAGUGUGAGACGGGGAGACAGACGGCAGCGACUGCCCGACAACCCUGAGAGAUUUGACACUCGGCCCUGUGUGCUGGGCUGUGAGGGAUUCACCUCGGGAAACAUUGCUGGGACGUGGAGGUGGGGGGUAGGUGAUACUGGUAU